AUGUAUAGGUGUGGUGGCUCUAAUAAUGCCAUGGUAUUUUCGAUGCCAUACGACGGAGAAUCGCCUACUUCAUCCGCCGUUGAUUGUACGCUUUCUUUAGGUACGCCGGCGACUCGUUUGACAGCCGAUUACGAUAGGGUCAAUGAAAGAAGACCGUCUGCUAAUUGGUCCGCUAAUUUCUGUUGGGAUAUUUUACAAAACUCACCUUCUCAGAAACCUAAUCGCAGCGGUGGUAAUGGCGGAACCACCACCGCCGCCGGAGACCCUCUUUUAGCUCGCCGAUGCGCUAACUGUGACACCACUUCUACCCCGCUAUGGAGAAACGGUCCCCGUGGCCCGAAGUCGCUGUGUAAUGCCUGUGGAAUCAGGUUCAAGAAGGAGGAGAGGCGAGCAAACGCGGCGGCGACGGUGACAACCGGCGGCAGCGAGAUGGCGGAGACCCACCAUCAUCAACUCAUGAUGAACGGAAACCACCCAUGGGUUCAUCACACACAAGCCACAAAUAAACUACCGUCAUGCUACUCGCCGGCGGCGGCGGUGAAAGGGAAUGAGUUUAGGUUCAUUGAUGACGUGGACGACAGAGAUUCUCCGUUCCUAUCGUGGCGUCUCAAUGUGACUGACAGGGCAGGACUCGUCCACGGGUUCACGAGAUGA